AAAAAAAUAAAUAAAUAAAUAUCAGCACUUUUCUUCUUCUUCUUCUUCCACUCUUCCUCAAUACGAAAGUAGCCUUCGAUCUUGACAUUCUCCAUAUAUCUCCCCAGCUUCUAACGCAAAGGCCUGUAACACAUUUCUUUGGUUAUACUUGUUUCAUUCCUUUUUUCUCUCACUGUCGCUUUAAUUCAAUUUUCCUUUUUCACGCAUAAAAAAAACAAAAACAAAAGGCUUCUCCUUUGUCAUGAAGUUCUCUCAUUUUUCAACCCUCCUUUUUAUAGUCAUCAUUGCUCUCAUCGCCGUGGUUGAGGCUGGCAAGAGUAAUAAGAAAAGGAAGCCCAAUGCCCCUACACAAAGAGUCCGUUUCAACAGGAAGAUGAAUGGUGUGUCCACCUGGUUCAAUGGACACGACCUAAAAGGCGCUGCUUGCUAUGGCACUCUAUUGGGUAACAGCCACGUUGACGCUAAAGACGGCUGGUAUAUUGGAGCUGUUCGUAUGAAGCACUAUGUGGGUGGCUACCGCGCUGCUUGUUUUGAAUGUGCUAGGAUCACAUCUGGACGUCGCUCAAUUAUUGUCCGUAUUAUCGAUGAUUGCGCCGGUUGCAAACCCAACCAGAUCGAUUUAACGGCCUCCGCCUUCAAGGCUUUGGCUCCCCUGAGUCGCGGUGUCAUUCACACUAAAUACGAGUUUAUCCGUUGCCCUUCUCGCGGAAACCUCAAAUGGCCUAAAUCCCCCAAGGCCCGUUCCAACUAGAUACACUUUCCGGAAAACCUUUUUUUUUUUUUCUUUUUUUU